AAAUGACGUGCAUGUAGUGAAGUGACAGCGGGGUGAAAAAAUGGCAGCAUUUAUUUUCAUCAGUAAAAAUUGUGCAAAAAAUAAACAUUUUACCCAAACGUUUCGUCAAGGAUUUAAUUCGAUCAAUCGCAAAUCGAACGGACAAAAGUUCAACGAACUAUCGGCGAGGACCGCACACUGAAUUGAUUCGAGAAAACCAUAAAAAAUUGGGAUUGCAUAAGUGAGUGUUGAUGUCGCGGACAUAGUAAUCGCAAGCGAAAGAAAAACCCAGUGAAACCAUAAAGACCUUCAACUUAUCAAAAUUAACGAGACACCGCGCACGUAUAUUUGCUGCUAUCACUGCGCAUUUUGCCCGUAACAUUUGUUGCCAUUGAACCUUAUCAACUGAGCUGAGUGAAAAACGAUGGGUCGAACGUUGCGUUUAAGAAAGCGCCAAACGUCGACGGACUCUUUUACCAAUUUAAGUGGCAAUCCGAAACACAUUGCGUUGGUGAAGUGGCUGAAAUCGACCGGUUGGUCAAACGAAACCAAAUUGAAAACCGGCGACUUUGCGAUCACCGGCCGUGGUGUGUAUUCGAAAAUAAACAUCGACGCCAGCGAUCCGUUGAUCGAGCUUCCGUUCUCCUGUCUGAUAACACUCGCCACCAUAGACGACGAUUUGGAGUUUAAAAACAUUUUCCGUGAGUCCAUCGACCAGCUGACCACCGGCAAAUCAUGCGGCGAAAUUGCAUUUCAAUGUCUGCUGGCACUGUACCUCGUCUAUCUGCGGCACCACAAAAAGUUCGUCGAGUACAUUGACUCGAUUCCGACGGAAUUCACGACGCCAUUCUUCUGCUCCAAGCAAGAGUUGAUGGUACUGCCGGACGUCAUAUUCCAGGAAGUGUUCGACCAGAACAGCGAAAUCAAAUUGAAUUACGGAAAAUUCGCAUCGGUUCUGAACGACAAACUGUGCAGCUGCCAUUGCGGCGACAAUCUGUCGGUGGUGUUCAAUUUGGAAUCGUUCAAAUGGGCGUACUUUGUGGUCAAUUCGCGGUCGGUGUACAUCGAUGACAAAGCGAUGAAGCAGAUGUCGUCGUCGUCAAAAUUACUGAAAAUUCUGAGCAACAAACCGAACAUUGCGCUGGCACCAUUCCUAGACUUAAUCAAUCACAGCGACAAAGUACCUGAAACCAAACCCCAACUGUCCAUACCACUGUCGGCACUAAGUCCAUCCAGCAAGCCGGAACUCACCUAUCAAAUCUACACCAACACCAACAUCAAAAAGAACCAGCAAAUCUUCAUCAGCUACGGUACAUUGGACAACACAACACUGCUCAGCGACUACGGCUUCACCAUACCAAACAAUCAACACGACCGCAUCACAUUCACCUUCACCGAAAUGUCGGAUUUCUACAAAGCAACCAAGAUCGUCCAACCGAACUCCAAUCAAAAGUUCAAAUUCAUCCGAGAAAAUCGGCUGACCGACGAGAUGUUCGUGAACCGAGCGGACGGUUUCAGUCACAAUUUGAUGAUUGUGUUGACGGUGCUGUUCGUGCAUGUGGAGCAUUUCAGCAAUUUGCUCAGUCAGGUGGCGUUCGGUGAUGUGCCGCCAUUCGAACCGAUCGAACAGGUGGCCGGCGAUUUGAUCGAAUUUAAGCGAAAACAAUUCGUGAAGAACAGGGAAGCGUUAGAGAAUCUACGAAAUUUGGGUGAAUUGACAGAGAGUGGGCGAUUUGCCGUUGAGUAUGUCAAUGAAUGUAUCUGUCUGUUGGAUGAUGUAAAUAAAAUGAAAUCCUAAAAGGUGCGAG